UCUGAGACAGGUACUGCAAUUUCUCUUGGCGAUUUGUUGUUGUUAACUCCGGUCUUUUAUGAAAGCUUUUCUAGAUCUAUACUCCUCUAUUUUAGGCUUUUAAAAAUGACUUUUAAUUCUCAAUACAACCCGAUGUUUUGGUUACCCGAAAAUGAAGUACAAUAUUACAAUACAAAUAUAUCGGAUAAUUCUCAACCUUAUUUUUAUGAAGGGAGUAAUGAACCUUCGACCGAAGACCAGACCGAAGACCAGAUUAAUGAAAAUCAAAAACGUUCUUGUAUGCAGUGGUUAGACUUUGAUGAUCAAGAAAGAGCUACUAAAAUGGCUAAACUUGAUGAAUCCGAAUUAUCGACUUACGGUGGUCCUGAAAUGUUGACUUACAGAGAUCCAAAUUUAUCUUCAUAUAGUGAAUCAGAUUUAUCUUUGUAUGACGAGUCAGGUUUGUCAUCAUAUGGUGAUCAGGAUUUGUUGGCAUAUGGUGGUCAAAAUUUAUUGUCAUAUGGAGAACCGGGAUUUUCUACCUAUGAUUAUUUACCUUUUAUCGGCGAUAACACGUCAAUAGACAAGCAAUUUGAAAUUGAUGAACAAGUGAUUAAACCAUAUAAACUUGAUGACCUUCCAAACAAUCAGUAUGAACAAACACCUUUGCAAGUGGUCAACCAGUAUGAAGCUGAAGAGCAAAUGUCUUCACAAGAAACUAUUCAGUUUGAUAUUGAAGACGAAAUACCUUUACAAGAGACUAAUCAGCAUGAAAUUGAAGGGAAACCGUCUUUACAAGAGAUUAAUCAGUAUAAAGUUGAAGCGCAAAUACCUUUACAAGAAAUUAAUCAGUAUAAAGUUGAAAAUCAAACGCCUUUACAAGAGAUUAAUCGGUAUAAAGUUGAAGAUCAAGUACCUUUACAAGAGUUUAAUCAGUAUAAAGAUGAAGAUCAAGCACCUUUACAAGAGAUUAAUCAGUAUAAAGUUGAGGAACAAAGGAAUAAUCAGUAUCAAGUUGAAGAGCAAGCAUCUUUACAAGAGAUUGAAGUGUAUAACAUUAGCGAUCAAUCAUCUUUACAGGAGGCUGAACAGUUUGAAAUUA